AUGGUAACUGUAAGAGUAAUAUUAACAAUAGCAGUGAUCAAUUUAUUGGAUACUGAUGCAGCAAAAGUUCUGUUCCAUGCAAUGCAUUCAUCGCCCAGCCAUGUCGGCAGUAUGCUUCCGGUAGCUAAAGCACUAUGCAAAGCUGGACAUGAAGUUCAUUUUCUUGAAACUACCUACAGUAAAAAACCUUUCCGGUUUCCGGAUUGCAUUCAAGGUCAUUUUAUAUCGCUUCCAAAAAAUAUCACUGAUCAUCACUUUGACGAUCCAGCUAGCAGAGUAUGGACAGGGAAACCAGCUUUAGACACUGUUUCGAAUGUGUUCCAUCUUGGCGAUGUUGCUCUUCAAGAAAUCUUAGUACAUAAGCAAGUCGAGAUUAACCAAAUUUUGAAUACAACUUGGGACUUGGUAUUUACGGAUGAACUGUUUUCGUACACAAGCUACGGUAUUGCUUUAGAAAAUGCUCGCAAACAUCAGAAACCAUUUAUCAUCUUCAGUACUACAAUACUGAUGCAUGGAUUUGGCUGGGAACAAGCACUUGGCAAUCAUUUUUUAGGGUAUUACACGCCUUGGUGUGAAAGAUUUUUCCUUUUCAACGCUUUGGGCAAAUUCUGUGUACAAUUUCCAGGAGGAAAUCAAUUCAUUAGCAUUUCCUCAGCCAAGCAAUUGUUCCGAUGUUUUGUCAACACCCAAAAAAGUUGUAGAUUUAUUUUUGUUUCUGGUGAAAAUGAAUUCGGCACCUUACCGGAAAAUGUCAAAGUGUUAAAGUGGGCACCGCAAUACGAUGUGCUGCAACAUCCAAAGACUCGACUAUUUAUCUCGCACUGUGGCCUCAAAAGGUGUUUUUCUCGUUUUGCCAACAAGCAUACAGUAACUCCAGAAGGAUUGUUAAACAUUACACUGGAUAUGCUGAACAAUCCAAAAUAUGCUGAAGCUGUUGCCAAAACUUACAGUUUUUACAUUGAUCGACCAGUCGAAAGUCUAUAUGAAGCUGUUUUUUGGACAAAUCGUGCACUUCAAAAUCGAUCACGAAAUCUAAGGUUUAAACGGAGAGGUAUAUUUAUGCCAUUAAUGCAGUAUUUCUACGUCGUUGAAAUGCUCUUGUUACUUGUUUUUAUUGUUGCUGUUGCUUAA